CCUAUUCUCAGGACAGAAGCACUUCAGACUCCUCACUGUAGGCUUAGUUCAGUGUACUGACUAUGAACAYGGGCCGGAAAGUCUUUGCCUCGCAAGUAUGUCUUCUCUUGCUUUCCUUAAAAAUGGUGUCUAAUUUACAGCUUUCUCACUUUUGCAAUCAGGUGCGUUCACGCAAGCCCCACGUAACCUUGGCCRGAACCCGGGAGCAAUGUCACAACAACUCUUCUACCGUGCGCUGGUGUCUGCCAAAUGGCUCUCAGAAGCUAUCAAGUCCCAGCAGUCUGGACUGGCUUUGAGAAUCGUGGAUGCAUCCUGGUAUUUGCCAAAGAUGAAGCGUGACCCAAAGCGGGAAUUCGAGGAGCGCCAUAUACCUGGUGCAGUUUUCUUCGACAUUGACCAGUGCAGUGACCGUACUUCACCCUAUGAUCAUAUGCUGCCCAAGGCUAGUGACUUUGCUGAGUACGUGGGGAAGCUGGGUGUGGGGAAUGAUUCCCAUGUUGUAGUGUACGAUGGCAGUGACCAAGGACUCUUCUCUGCACCCCGAGUGUGGUGGAUGUUUCGAGCCUUUGGACAUGAAGCAGUUUCCCUUCUAGAUGGUGGCCUGAAGAACUGGCAGCGAGAGGGAAAUUUGCUGAGCUCUGGAAAGAGCCAGGUAGCUCCCUCUGAGUUCCAUGCCUCUCUGGACAAGUCCAUGGUGAAAAGCUAUGAGGACAUCAUAGAUAAUCUGGAUUCCCAGCGCUUCCAGCUAGUGGACGCACGCUCUGCAGGACGGUUCCGGGGAAUAGAGCCGGAGCCCCGAGAUGGAAUUGAGCCUGGUCAUAUCCCCGGCUCCCUGAGCAUACCCUUCACCGAUUUCCUCACAGAAUCUGGCUUAGAGAAGACCCCCGAGCAGAUCCGCAGUCUGUUCCAGGAGAAGAAGGUGGACCUCUCCAAGCCCCUGGUAGCCACCUGUGGCUCUGGGGUUACUGCCUGCCAUAUCGCUCUGGGGGCGUACCUCUGCGGCAAGCCCGAUGUCGCGGUGUACGACGGGGCCUGGGUGGAGUGGUACAUGCGAGCACAGCCUGAAAAUGUUAUUUCUGAGGGAAAGGGGAAGACAAUGUGAUAAGCUUCUUCCUCCCCCAGACAUGCAGAUAAUUUGCCUUGAAAUGGGAUUUGGAAUAAAUGGAUGAAUUGUUUCUUGAUGCCAUAAGUGUCAUAACGUGAAGGUGUUGGGUAACAAACAUGGCUACGUGGUCUUUAGGCACUUCCUUCCCUUGCCAAAAGUGUGUUGAUGCAUAAAUAUGAUCUCUCUUACAGUAUCAGAUGAGAGAGAGCUCUGGUAGUGGCGUGGGGAAGCAAUUGAAUCAAGCCAGCCUCAUGACUUGGCACGUUUCACCAUGUUUACUCACAGGAUGAUCGCACUUGUAUAACUGGGCCUUAUGAUCAUGCUCUUUGCCUGACUCUGAUCAUCUGGAUGCCUGUGUCCUAGAAUCCACCCAUGUAGACAAUGGUCAUUUUGAGCACAAGGGCUAGGGAAAAGGCAUUAGUGAUUGUAGAAACAACUUUAGCUUCUAGUUUGGUGCUUGAGGGGUGGUCUGGAUUUAUUCUAGUGCUUGGAAUCUUAACUGCAAUGUGUGCUUAGCUGGUUUUAUAUUC